AUGCUCUCUCUACGAGGUGCGGCAAGCGCCAAAACGCAGGACAUACCGUGGCGUUUUGCGCCUGGUGGCAACAACCGAUACGAUGCCGUAACUAAUCCAGGCGGUGUUAUCUCUUUUGCUACUGCGGAAAAUGCAUGCCUCCCCACGCCCCUUUUUUUUCUUGUCUUAUCUCCAAUGCUACACACUCGCGUUUCUAACACGGGUUUGCAGAACUUGAUGCAUGACGAGCUUCAUGAUUUCGUGCAGAAGAAUGUCUCCAUACCGAAGCUUGCCUAUGCGUACCGCUUCAGCACCAUGGGCGGACCACGCUUCCCUGCCGCCAUGGCUGCGCACAUCAACGAGCACUUCCACCCCGCUGCGCCUGUGCAGGCCGAGGACAUUAUUACCGCGUCGGGCCUGACCGCCAUCCACGAGUUGGUUGGGUACAGCCUGGCCGAUCCCGGCGACGGCAUUCUGGUCAACCGGCCGGUCUACGGCCGCUUCGAGCUGGACUUUGGCAACACGUCGGGUCUGCGCAUGGUCUACGCCGACAUGGACGGCAUCGAUCCGUGUUCGCCAGCGGCCGUUGCCAAGUACCAGGAGCGACUCGAUGCGUCCACGGCCGAGGGCAUCCCGAUCAAGGCCGUCCUCAUCGUCAACCCGAACAAUCCAUUAGGGCGUGCCUACCCGGCCGACACACUGCGGGCGCUGAUGGCCUUUUGCGAAACGAACAAGAUUCACCUCAUCAGCGACGAGGUAUAUGGCCUCUCGACAUACAGCCUGGAUGAUGGGCAUGAUGUGCCCUUCACCUCUGUGCUGUCCUUUGAUUCCACUAAUCUUCUCGACAAAGACAGGCUGCACGUCUUGUACGGAAUGAGCAAGGUAAACAGGAGGGUCCUUUAA